CGUGUAGCGGACGUAUAUCUGUACAGGUUGGCAACCUUCACUCUGUAGUUUGAGCAAAUAGUUUGUUAUAAUAGACUAUUUGGUUUGAGUUUCGUAUUGGCGUUGCCCGGUAUUUUAUAGAACGAAAAGAAGAUACUCAUUUCGUUAUAAAUAAAUACAAACGAUGGAUGUCCUUCGUCCCGAAUUAACGUGGAUAGACGGUCGUUGUUAUCGUAAAAAUAACGUUCAGAAUCGAUUUAAUAACGUUGAGGAGAGAAAUGAAGAUUAUCUUGAUGCAGAUAUAGGAUAUGAUGAUAAUUGUUACGACGAUUAUGAAGAUAAUAUCGAUGAAUUGUCAGCUGGAAAAUUUCAGGGAUGUGUUAGUGUUCCGAGUGCAUUCUUCAGUUAUGUAAUUGGUUCCAAAGGUAAUACUAAGAAAAGGGUGGAAAGUGAAACAAGAACAAAACUUAAUGUGCCUUUUCAAGGUCAAGUAGGAGAUAUUGUAAUUACAGGAAUGGAUAAAAAAGGUGUUUCAUCAGCUAUGAGAAGAGUUUUGCUUUUAGUAGAAACUAUUAGAAAUAAAACUGCACCUACCCAUUUUCUUUGUAUUCCUUUAAACAUUCAGCAAUUGAAAGAAAAUUUCAUAAAUUUUAAAGAAAAUAUUCUAAAGAAAUAUAGUAAUACAGAAGGUUUAGAUGUGUCUCUGUUUCAAAAACCAGAAAAACUUCAUUUAACGAUAGGAACAUUGGUGUUAAUGGAUGAAAGAGAGAGAAAAAUGGCAGCAAAAAUUCUGGAGGAAUGUCAGAAAGAAAUAAUUAAGCCAUUAUUGAAAGAAAAUCCACUUGAAGUAAAAGUAGAAGGAAUUGAAUAUAUGAAUGAUGAUCCAGGAGCUGUCGAUGUAUUAUAUGCAAAAGUCAGUUGUACAGAUGGAUCAAAUAGACUUCAAAUAUUAGCUCAGAAAUUAAUGGAGAAGUUUGUAGCAUCAGGAUUUAUGCCUAAACAAUAUGAUAAAGUUAAGCUUCAUAUAACUUUGAUAAAUACAUUAUUUCGUACAAGUGAAUUUGAUUAUGAAAAGUCAAGUGGGAGGAACAGAAAACCCAGAGAAACAUUUAAUGCUAAACAAAUAUUAAAGGAAUAUGAAAAUUACAAAUUUGCUACAUUAAGAAUAAAUUCUAUUCAUAUAUCUGUACUGCAUUCUACUAGUGAGGAUGGUUUUUAUACUUGUUCUUCAAGUGUAAGCUUAAAAUGAUAUAAAUAAGAAUGUGU